GUCAUUAAGGAUCCUCCCCCACCUCCACCUGCUCCAAAAGAGGAAGAAGAAGAAGAGGAUCCCUUGCCUGCAAAAAAAUGGCCAACAGUGGAUGCUUCUUAUUACGGCGGACGAGGAGUUGGUGGGAUUAAAAGAAUGGAGGUUCGCUGGGGUGAUAAAGGAUCAACCGAAGAAGGUGCCCGGCUAGAGAAAGCCAAAAAUGCUGUGGUAACCCUCCCUGAAGAAACAGAUGAGCCAUACCAACCUAGACCACCAAGACCUAAACCUACCUCACAGCUUCCUCAGACCAAGUGGUACACACCAAUUAAGGGUCGACUUGACGCACUGUGGGCUUUGCUGAGACGGCAGUACGACCGGGUGUCUUUGAUGCGACCGCAGCAAGGAGAUGAGGGCCGAUGCAUUAACUUCACCCGAGUGCCGUCUCAGUAAGAGAACACCAAAAGAUGGAAAGCCAUCACCGUUGGAUUAUAACCAAAGAAAGACAAUGAAGCACUUCUACCAGAAUCCUCAGAAUACAACCCAGAAGGCUGCGCCAUCAUUUGGAUCCACCAUAAACCACUUAUUCUGCACCAAGCUGUUACGUCCGCCAUUUUCUUCUAAGCUUGUUACCUCAUACAGUAGCUGUUCAGUAUUAUAGGAUUUGCAGUGGUCAUGUGAAGAAGAACGUCGGCUUUGCGUGCCUUGGUUUUCGUUGAUAAUCGAGGACAGGAAUCACAAGGAAAACGAACCACCAAAGGCGCUCGCUUUUGUUCUCAUCCCCUCAGUAUUGUAGACAAGCUAUAUGUACUCGAGCCUUUCUGUGCCUUUACCAGGAGCUGCAUUGUUUCUCAGACAUGGAGAUGGCACUUGUUAUUUAAAUACGAAAGUAUUAGCCACCGGCAGAAGAGCGAAAUUCCCACCAGGCUUUGAAAAAUGCAAAAGUUCAUUGCCUUACAGCGAUGUCAUAUCACUAAAUCCUUUUGAGUCCAUCCCCACCACCACCACAUCGGAUUGUGCCUUACGGGAACCCUCUGACUGAAAAUCUUGUCACUCUAACACUGAGUAGUGCACACGCUUGACAAAAUGUAGACAUGGGGCCUCAAGGUAUUAGUGGCAAGGCAAGACUUUGCCCUUUAGUUUCCGAAGACACCUUUCUUUCAUUAUGCACCCAGGACAGGAAGAAAAAUUAAUAGAGCGUUAUUCCACAGGAAGACAGCCUGCAAGCAGAGAUCUUGAGCGGAGAUGGAGGGACUGAUGCUUCAAGGCCUCGGCACUGUGGCUGAUACAUCCCCCCCCCUUUCUUGCACUCAGCAUUUAGUAGCGCAUAAAAACGUGAUCCUUUAUGAACAUAUUAGUAAUUCUAAGAUUUAUGUAUUGUUGUUGUUGUUUUAAUAUUGAAAAAAAAAGCAGUUGCCACAAAGCUGGUAUCUCAGGGUCCGUCUCCUCCCCCGCUCCCAAAUCUCCAAGGGCUCUUUGGCGUCACAAGCCAGCAACUCUCUUUGCAUGAGAAUUUCAAAGUUUAAUUAAUAUAAUUAAAGGCAACAGCAAGCAGCAGCCUGUGAAGGUUUUGCUCAUCUUUUUUAUGCCUUUUGACAUUGAAUGACCUAUUACUGUAUGCGCAUUACUCAGUUUUCGAGGGGGGCACCACGUCUUGGUGGAGAUUCAACUGUGGGGCCAAAGGAGGGGGGGAGCCCCUGAGAGAGCCCUCUUUUCCUCAAUUUAUAAAUUAAAUGUACAGGAGUGCCGACCAUUGGAAAAUGUUGACAAAGUAUAUAUUAUAAUUUUGGGGGUUGGAAACAGCGUUGUGUCACGUCGGCGGUGCCAAAUUAUGUUAGCGUGAGUGGAAACACUGUGGGGGAGGAAGGAGGCAGCAGCUGAAGAGAGAGGCUCAAAUGAUCCAGUCACUUUCGAUACUGUACUUCAGAUGCAAAAUGGAUAUUCGAGUCGAAACCUGACAAAGUGCGCCUGCUUUGAUGGGAACCGGUAUAGACAGUGACCAGUGGCUGGGUCAGUGGGAUGUCUCUCUGCGAGCAGGAAGGCUUAUCAAAUGACACUAAAAAUAAGUUCAGCAACCAUCACGUUUGAGGGGAAAAGGCGAAUAUUUCACAUUCGGUGGGCAUGCGUGUGCGCAAGACGGGAAAGAGCGAAGGGAUGCGUACUGGUCUAAUUAUCCCCCCUUUGUGGCUUUUCAUUGAAAUCGCAAGGGACGUAAGACAAUUCCCUUGGUCGGUGGCCAAACGUACGGCUCUUCCCAAACAAGACUGCCAUUGUGACGGAGCCUCUUGCUUCCAUCACACGUUGGCUUGAGAUGAUGUCUGUCAUCGGUAGUGAUGCCAACACUCCUUGUGAGCCCCCGUCUAUAAAAUCCUUUACCUAAAGGUUCUACAGUCUCUUCCCACUUUUACUAAUACCCUUCUUUCCAGAACCGAUGCAUCAUUUCACUGGGUAUGCAAUCCACUCUGGCUCGCUGGCGUCAACCAAUAGACCCACCUUCCCAUGUCAUCACAUGAGUUCCAAGAAGGCAUUUCACAGGCUAACUCAGGGGAUUUACGCUUGCUGUACAAUUAUUUAAAUUUCUCGGAUGCUACGCCAUGUAUAAUGUGUGGGUCUAGCAAUGUAAAUAAAGUAAGGAAAUGUGACACACUUUCUGCAAGCUCUAGCAGGAGUAGGAUUCUGCCUCCGUAAUCAGACCUACCAAUCUUUUAGACAAGGCAAUCGUUCAUUAAAUGCACAAACGGACAUUGUACACACACAGUCUCUCUCUCUCUACAAGCAAAAUUUAUUUUAUUAACUGCGAAACUCCUGGUGAAGUCUGUAUGAAUUUCUACUUCCUCAUCUCACAUUGAAAACUAAACCAUGUCCAUUUUCACUAUGUGUUGACCUUGAUAAAUGGUACUUCAGAUUAGGGUCAAAGCCCUUGAAACACUCUGUAUGGAAUCUGAAAUAAAUUUAAAUAUACCACAUGCAAAGAAAUGUUUUGGUUGAAUUGAAAAAUUCAGGAAAUAAUCUCUUUAAUAUCCCUACCAGAUAGCACAUAUGAAGC